ACAGACAAGUUCAAGUUUAUUCAGAGAACCAUGGCAGAAGGUGGAUUUGAUCCUUGUGAAUGCAUUUGCUCGCAUGAACAUGCAAUGAGAAGACUGAUUAAUCUGCUGAGACAAUCCCAGUCGUACUGCACAGACACAGAAUGCCUUCAGGAAUUGCCAGGACCAAAUUCUUCCACUGACAAUGGCAUCAGCUUUGCCAUGAUAAUGAUGGCCUGGGUGAUGAUCGCACUUGUCUUGUUCUUACUGAGACCUAGUAAUCUGAGAGGAUCCAACACAGCCGGAAAGCCAACCAGCCCACAUAACGGACAAGAACCACCAGCCCCACCGGUGGACUAGAGCAUUCAGUAUUGGAAAAGUUCAGCAGCUAAAACCUUGCACGACCAAAUGAACGAAGUGACCAGAUUACUCCUAGACUCCAUUCAAUACUGUUUUCUUUUCUGAUUUAUAUAGAGCAGAAUUAUCAUUCAGCAGUUAUCUUCAUGAACUGCUUUUAGCGACUUCAAUUUUAAUUUUUGCUUUGUAUGUUAUUACAAUUCCUAG